UUUUUAUCUCUUUUUAUUGAAUGGAUUUCUGGUUUAUUUAUGAAUUUUAAGCACCUCAAUUUCCACGGACAGGUGUCAGCACCACCAGAAGCCUCACGGGAUCUUCCCAGGUGCCCAGCCAACAGCCUCUGCCGUGGGCUUCCCCCCACCGAGCCCCCCACUGCCAAGCAGAGUCGCAGUGAGAGGAGCCACUUGUGCAGAGCCUGUGGCAGAGCAACUGAACACCCUGCUGCCGGGCAGCCCCCAGGGAUGCUGCGCUCUUAGCCCCGCUGCCCAAGCCCUGCUGCACUACCCGUGGGGAGCAAGACUUCUUCCAGCCUCCGCCCAGGAAUUUCUCCAGCAACGGCUUUAGAACCUUGCUCCUGAAUCGCAGCAGGGGAGGCAGCACUUUGGGGCCCUCUGUCAGGCUGCCCCCCCCGCUAAGAGGAGCUGUUGUCCUCGGGAACCACGGGGUCCCCCCUCCUGAAGAAGGGGAACACCACACUCACAUUUCCAUUUUACACAUUUGCAGCUGAGAACCCUGGAGCCAGAACAGGCUCCAGCACAGGCGAUGGGUGAGCAUUUUGCAUCUCUGAUGUCGUUUAUUCUAGUGGUUCCAAUUGCCUAUUUUAAUGUUUUUCUCCUUAUUUCAUAUAACUUUUUAAACUUAAUAAAGUUAUUACUAACUUUGUUUCCUGCAGGUCACCUCAAGUCUUUCAGGAAACCAGGCAGGACAUCUGUAGGUGGCCGGCCGGCCUUAUCAACGGAGCCCUGAGCCACCAACCACCAUGACCAGCUUCAUUCCCAUGAGCCGGACGAGCCCAAGAGGGGAGAGCAGCUGGACUCCGGAUGCGAAGUCCACACGGUGUGGAGCAGGGGGCAGGGCUGCCUGGGCAGAGAGAUUUAGACCAGGAGGCCACUGGGGAGGCUGCCCAGAGGAGGAGGCAUCGCAGGGCAGUGGGGUCCAGAGAGAUGGCAGUGCUACAGGCCUUGCACUCAUUUUAAUGAAGGUUCUGCAGGAUUUCAAGGAAAGCUGGAGCCAGUCUCUGUGCCAGAAUAGAGGGUUUUUCAGCUUCUUAGACCGAUGAUUUAUUUAGGGAAUAAGAAGGGUGAUUCCAGGGACAGUGGAGGCCCUCACAGGAAGGAAACCUCUCCCCACAAUGACUGUGCACAGCCAGCCUGACGCCCAAGGGCACGGUGCCAUAGCCAGGGAGCCCUGAAGAAACUCCCGGAAGAAUGUAAAACCCCCAGCUCAAGGAGGAGAGUGGAGGCGGUUCCCCACCUGCUGGGGGCAGUUAACAACUUCUGAGAAUGAACCCAUGGCUAAAACCCAUAAAACCGCCACCAACCACACCCAGACCUGGAAGGGGCACCUCUAGCUGGGGUGCUCAGCAUGAGGGGACCCAGUACAAUGGCUUCCUUGGGGCGCGGGCUCGGCCUGCAGGCUGGAGGCUGGAGAGCUGCCAUCCUAGCGCACACUGGGUAGAUGCGGGUGUUUCCAAUGUGCUGAAGAGGGCAGGGCCUGGCUGAGGCCCUGGAAGGCCGGAGUCCUGGAGGUCAGUGGGGGGCGGUGAGUUCCCAGGUCACUUCCCCAGGUGUGCGUUUUCUUCACUGUCCUGUCCUAUUCAUUCAUUUUAGCACGGAAGCCAGAACCAGCCGAGUGAAGCCCCUGCCUGACCACUUGGGGGUGUGAGGACAGGGAUGAAGGCCGGGAGCAUCAGUCAGCUCCUAGAACGGCAGGUUUGUACCUGCAAACGGGGCACCAGAGUGACAUCGCCCCAAGACUCCUGGGAUGCCAUGAGCCCCACGGAGACCACGUGCCUGGCAGGGGCCAGCUCCAGGUGCUGCGGCUACGGCGAGGCCAUCACCACCAUCCACGCAUCCAGCAGGAAGAGCGGAUUCCUCGGGCAUGAAGCUCACAGCUCGCGUUGUCUGCACACCUGCCUGACGACCUCUCCCAAACCUGGAUUCCCACCACAGAAUUCAGCUCCUUGGGUGCUCACCAGCCCAUGACUUGUGGCCACCAGACUGGACGGAACACACAGAGACCAUUUCCUGUUUUGCAGAAAAUCCUGUUGGGCCAUGUCAGUCCUAGAGCCAAAACACAGUGUCCACUUGAGGGUCCAGACCUGAGGCCACCCUCGCUGGGACAACAUCUCCUUCCCUCUCAGAGCAACGCCACUGAUGCCCAGACCAGCACCCAUGCCCGUCCUCGCCUGCCCAACAAUGCCCUUCCCAGGCCCUGCUGCUGUGGACACAGGUGGCCCUGCCCCUUGCAGAGGAGCUGCUCUUCUCCUGAGCCCAGGAGUGCUCUGAAACUUACAUCCCAAUGAGAACCAAAAUCAGGAGUUGAAGUGGGAGUUGAAGGCCAGACCCUUUUUUGAAGAACUUCCCUAAGCUCUUUUAAAUACCUGCAUCCAGGCCAGAUGCAGUGGCUCACGCCUGUAAUCCCAGCACUUUGGGAGGCCAUGCCAGAAGGGCCACUUGAGCCCAGGAGUUAGAGAUCAACCUGGGCAACACAGCAAGACCCCAACUCAACAGAAAAUUUAAAAAUUAGAUGGGUUUGGUGGUGCAUGUCUGUAGGGAGGCAGAGGAUCGCUUGAGCCCAGGGUUCCAGGCUGCAGUGAGCUGUGAUCGCAGCACUGCACUCCUGCCUGAGUGACAGGGUGAGACCCUGUCUCAAAAAACCAAACACCUGCACCUCCUGCAUCUUCACAGUACAGUCCCGCCUGGUGGAGCUGCCGUCAGGCCCUCCCGCAUCUUCACAGCACAGUCCCACCUGGUGGAGCCGCCAUCAGGCCCUCCCGCAUCUUCAGAGCACAGUCCCGCCUGGCAGAGCCGCUGUCAGGCCCUCCUGCAUCUUCACAGCACAGUCCCCCCAUGCAGCUGCUCCUCCCCACCUAAUUCAGGCCCUAGUGAGCUUCACAAGGCCAAGGGGACAUCGGUCUCCACCAGGAAGACUACAUGGCACGUCUAAAUGUAAGAAUCUGUGACAGACGUUGUUGAAGCCCAUGCAAGGGGGCACAGGUACCCAGGAGGCGCAGGUACCCAGGAGGCGCAGGUACCCAGGAGACGCAGGUGCCCACACGGGCCUUGCUGGGGGAAGCACGACUUUGAAGAUGGAGUCCUCCGGGGACGUCCACGUCUCAACGCUGCCUUGCCAGAGGCCAGUUCCCUCAUCUCUCAGCCUCAGGACACCACCCACUCCACAGUGUGGCCUGCGGGCACAGAGGGCGCUUGGCUGGGGAAGGGCAGUUGGCUCUGCCCCCAAAGUGGCCUCCCCAGGACACGCCACUGCCUGGCUCGGAGGUUUCUUCCUCUGCCCUGCACAGUGAGACAAGCACAUGGCAGGGCCUCCCACACACCAGGACCAAACAACUGGGAGCACCUUUGAUGUCUUUGGCCCCCGCCAGGCAUGGCUCACUGGACCCAGAAACCACAGUGCUCUCUCCCCAUGACUGUUUCAGCUGCCCAUCCCUGUUCUAGAUUGUGGGAACAGCAGCCGAUGAAGCAAAGUCCUGGCCCCGUGGAGCCAGACAAAGAGCACGCAGAACCACGAACGCGCGCAAGGCUGGCGGGGGUGGCACUGUGGCCUCACUCGGGGGACGGGGAGGCUUACAGACGAGUCAGUGCUUGAACAGGGCAUGGACGGUGAGGCCCUGUCCAUGGCCCUGUCCGCAGGAGGACAAGUGAACACAUGAAUGAGGCCGUGGACGGCGCGGAGAGCGCAGGAGGGGUCCAGGCAGAGGGACACCAGGUGCAAAGGCCUCGAGGCAGCAGGGCUUGUGUGUGAUGAAGACGUAGGAGCAAGGAGGAGGCCGGCGUGGCCUGGGCAGGGCAGGGCAGGACGGGAGCUUGCUGGGAGCCGAGGUCAGAGGUCAGGGUGUAGCCGAGGCCACGUGGUGCAGAGCAGACAUUUCACCACAGCAGCUGGGAACGUGCAGGCCGCAUGCAAGACACUGAAUGGAUGGAUGUACGGAUGGGGCAGUGGGCGUGCAGGGAGGAAUCACCUGUCUCAGGUCAGCAGCCAGGAGCUGCCCAGGCCUGGCACAGUGGACCAGGAAAGGAAGGUCACCCAAGCCUCCACAGGUGGGGCUUUCUGCAGGCAAGGUGCAGCGGUGAGCCCGAGAGGCCACGGUGCCGAGCAAAUCCUGGUUGUCCUCAUGGGGACCACAGGAAUUCAGUUCUGGCAGAGCCAAGACUGCCAGGAAGCCAGGCGGGCUCCUGCAGGAGGUGAGGGGCCUGCGGGGACGCGAAGGGCCAGGACCGGACACGCCCCGUUCCACUCUGCUUCCAGUGAGGCGAGAGGCGGGCAGGAUGCAGCUGGAGCCGCGCACGCCCAGAGCUCGGGCCAGGACUGUCCCCCAGUGCUGCGCUCGCCCGCGGUGGAGCUGCGGUGUUAUCAGUGGUCAGCUCAAGUCCAGCGGCUUGAAAGGGAGGCAGAGGCCCCACCUUCCCUGAGGCUCCCUGUGAAGAGCAGGAGGCUGGGCCCUCGCGAAGACCCCAGCCAGGCUCUGCCACCUCCACAGCCAGCAGACGGGGCCUCCAAAGCCGACAGACGGAGCCCCCACAGCCAGCAGACGGAGCCCCCACAGCCGGCAGACGGAGCCCCCCACAGCCGGCAGACGGAGCCCCCACAGCCGGCAGACGGAGCCCCCACAGCCGGCAGACGGAGCCCCCCACAGCCGGCAGACGGAGCCCCCACAGCCGGCAGACGGAGCCCCCCACAGCCGGCAGACGGAGCCCCCCACAGCCGGCAGACGGGGCCUGGGCACUGCACACAGAGACAUUUCUUCUUCCCGAGACCUCGCACAGAAAUUACUCACUUAAAAGCACUUGGAGUUUUUUCAUUUUUCCAGUGGCAAAUAUUUCGAGGGAAUACCACAGAAAUAGCCACACCAAAACCCAACUGAGUUCUCCCUUCUCCACCCUCCGCCACAGCCGGGGACGCUGCCUCGAUGCGCAGGG